AUGGUCGGAGCCGCCAAGCACCAGGCGGUGGCGCUCCAUUCUGAGUCUGACGGGUCGGUGCUGUACCGGUGCGCUAUUCUGGGCUAUCAGGAUACGUUGUAUGCCAGGAAGAAGAGACAGUUCUACCACGAGUGCCGCAUCGAGUGCACCGUGGACUUCAUGUUUGGCAACGCCACGACCAUCUUCCUAAAAUGCACCAUCAUCGCACGCCUUCCACUACGGAGACAAAAGAACACAAUCACGUCUCAGGGCAGGACACCAAAGCAAGAUCACAACGGCGAGUUCUGUUUCCAGUUCUGUGAUGUUUCUGCACCGAUGACCUUGCCCGAGCCGAUCCACCAGUCGGUACAUACUUGGGAGCCCUUGGAAGCUGCGGUCCAUGGAGUCUUCGGGCAAGGCUUCAUCACCCACGACUUUACGGUGGAGAACACGGCCGGAGCCGCCAAGCACCAGGCAGUGGCCCUCCAUUCUGAGUCUGACGGGUCGGUGGUGUACAGGUGUGCAAUUCUAGGCUACCAGGAUACGUUGUACGCGAGGAAGAAGAGACAAUUCUACCACAAGUGA